AAGAAAAAAGUGAGGUUAGGAAUUUGUAUUGACGUUUAACUCCCACUUACAAAAAAACUCAAGUAAAUAAACCCCGAAACUUCCGACGAAAAAAAAAUGUUGUUCGUGUGGAAAUAAACCGCGUUUAAAAUCGACUUAAAAUAGACCAUUUCUAUAAACAUUGAUAAACCCCAAAGAUGACGAAAAAAUUUGAAUUCGACUGGCGUAUUAACGUUCCUGAGCCCCUUUUAACCGGGUGUGUUAUGGAUCGAUGGACUGAUGAAAAGGAUAAUGUAGUUAUUGAACAAAACGCUUUAUUUAAAGUCGAUGAAUAUGGGUUUUUUAUUUAUUGGAAAAGUGAUGGAAAGGAAGGAGAUGUUAUUGAGUUGUGUCAAGUAAGCGAUGUUCGAGCUGGUGGUGUUCCUACCGAAAAGAAAAUAUUGAAUUCUUUACAAAGUAAGCAUGGAACUGAUUGUGAAGAGAAAUCUUUGACGAUUUGUAGUGGAACGGAUUACAUCAAUAUUAAUUAUCAACAUGUUGUUUGUCCAAACGCUGAAACAGCUAAGGUGUGGUUGGAAGGCUUAAGAAAAAUAACACACAAUGUCAAAGCCAAUAAUUUCUGCCCCAUGACUUGUUUGAAGAAGCAUUGGAUGCGUUUACGAUUCUUGGUCGAUCCAGCUGGAAAGAUUCCUGUUAAAGUAAUAGCUCGAACUUUCGCAUCCGGGAGAACUGAAAAACUAGUUUAUCAAUGUUUAUCCGAAAUGAAUUUGCCAAGUGGUAAAAACGAGGCUGUUGAAAAAGAUGAUUUUACAUUUGAUAAAUUUUACAAUCUCUACCAUAAGAUCUGCCCCAGAAAUGAUAUUGAAGAGUUAUUUAGAGAAGUCGCCCAAGGAAAAGAUUUUAUAAACAUCGAUCAGUUCGUAACAUUUCUAAACGAGAAACAAAGAGAUCCUCGUUUAAACGAAAUCUUAUAUCCUUUAUACGAUGAAAAAAGAGCGAUUGAAAUUAUCGAAACUUACGAGCAAGAUGAAGCUGCCAAAGAGGCUAAAAGAUUAACCAAAGAUGGAUUAAUCCGAUAUUUAAUGUCCGACGAAAACGCUCCUGUUUUUCUCGACCGUUUAGAUAUUUACAUGGAAAUGGAUCUUCCACUAUGCGCCUAUUAUAUAAAUUCUAGUCAUAACACUUAUUUAAUUGGGCGUCAAUUUGGAGGAAAAUCCUCAGUGGAAAUGUACAGACAAGUAUUAUUAGCUGGUUGUAGAUGUGUUGAACUCGAUUGUUGGGAUGGAAAAGGCGAAGAUGAAGAACCUAUAAUAACUCACGGUAUGGCAAUGUGCACCGACAUCUUAUUUAAAGAUGUAAUUUACGCGAUAAGAGACACAGCUUUUGUAACUUCCGAUUAUCCGGUGAUUUUAUCGUUUGAAAAUCAUUGUUGCAAAACGCAACAGCAUAAAUUGGCUAAAUAUUGCGAUGAGAUUUUUGGAGAUUUGUUGUUAAAAGAACCUUUAGAAGAUUGGCCUUUAGAACCGGGGGCUCCACUUCCUCCACCGAAUGCGUUAAAAAAAAAAAUUUUAAUUAAAAAUAAACGACUUAAACCGGAAGUGGAGAAGAAAGAAUUAGAAUUGUUUCGGCAGGGGCAAUUUGUUAUUGAGGAUGAGGAGAAAGAAGAUGCUGGUGCUACAGUUAAACCAAUUCCUACUGAUGUUCCCAUACCACCUGAGACUCCAGCUCCAGAUGCAGCCGCUCCUAGUACUGAAGGAGCAGAUGCCGCCCCGCCUGUUCCUUAUACUGGUUCUACUACAAACGUUCAUCCUUGGUUGAGUUCUAUGGUUAAUUAUGCACAACCAGUUAAAUUUAAUAGUUUUGAAGUUGCUGAACAGAAAAACAUCCAUCAUAACAUGUCCAGUUUUUCCGAACCGGUUGGUUUGAAUUAUUUAAAAUCGCAGGCGAUUGAUUUCGUUAAUUACAACAAAAAACAAAUGUCCAGAAUUUAUCCCAGCGGCACCAGAGCAAAUUCAUCAAAUUAUAUGCCACAGGUUUUUUGGAACGCCGGUUGUCAAAUGGUCUCGCUAAACUUCCAAACGUCCGAUUUACCAAUGCAACUAAACCAAGGCAAAUUCGAAUACAACGGAAAUUGUGGUUAUCUUUUAAAACCAGAUUUCAUGAGAAGAACUGAUCGUACAUUCGAUCCAUUCGCUGAAAGUCCCGUCGAUGGUGUUAUAGCAGCACAAUGCUCAGUUCGAGUAAUAGCUGGACAAUUUUUAUCUGACAAAAAGGUUGGAACUUAUGUUGAAGUAGAUAUGUAUGGCCUCCCAACCGAUACAAUUCGUCGCGAAUUUCGUACAAGAAUGGUUCCAGCAAACGGCUUAAACCCUGUUUACAACGAAGAACCUUUUCUAUUUCGAAAAGUUGUACUUCCAGAUUUAGCAGUGCUUCGUUUUGGUGUUUACGAUGAUAGCGGAAAACUUCUUGGACAACGCAUUUUACCACUAGACGGUCUUCAAGCCGGUUUUAGACACAUUUCAUUACGAACAGAAGCCAAUUUUCCAAUGUCUUUACCGAUGCUUUUUUGUAAUAUUGAAUUAAAAAUUUACGUCCCCGAUGGUUUUGAAGACUUCAUGGCGGCUUUAAGCGAUCCUCGCGGAUUUAUGGGGGCCCAACAAAAACAAAACGAGCAAAUGUCUUCCAUGGGGAUUGAAGUAACCGAUAAUAAGGCGGAUAAGGUUGAGAAAAAAGAAGAGAAGAAAGAGGAACCUUUAGUUUUUGAACCGAUUACCAUCGAGUUAAUAAGACAAGAUAAAGCUUUUCAAAAAACAACAAAAAAGAAUCAAAAAGAAUACGAUACAUUAAAAAAGAAGCAGAUGAAAGAAAAAUUAACGAUGCAAAAAGCUCAGUGUGGAGCUAUCGAUAAAAUUGUUAAAGGCAAAAACAAAGCCGAUUUAGUUAAUGAUCCAAAUAUACGUAAAUUAGUCCAAGAGCAAACAUUGCAAUGGAGUGAAUUAAUGGAACGUCAUCGAAAAGAAGAAUGGAAAUUUUUAAAAGGUCAACUGGACGAUCAAAGAGAACUCUUAAGAAAACAUAUGGAAUUAAUGCAAGCCGGUCAAUUAAAACAAUUAGAAGCGAGACAUGAAAGGGAUUUGAAAGAAAUGAAUGCUAAACAAGCUAAAAUUUCAGUUGAAACAUCAAAAGAAAUUAAUAACGAUAAAACUUUAAAAUCAAAACAAGAAAAAGAAAGAAGACUCCGAGAAAAGCAACAGAAUAAUACAAAAAGGUUUGUAGACGAACGAAAAAUUAAAAUUAGUAAACAAAAUAAUGAAAAAGAAAAAUUAAAGAUUAAGCACGGUAAACAAUUAGAAAUGUUAUCGCAUGAUAUACAAAAAAUGAUUGAUAUGUACACGAAUGAAGAAAUCGAAUAUGAAAUGUCCAGCAAAAGCGAAUUUUUCGCUUAAUUUGGACACAUUUUUAGCUUAGUAUUUGAUUAAUAAUUGGACCAAAAAACUAAUAUUUUUAGCGCUCUCUCUUUGCACUUGCCAUAUUUUUUUCUAGGUGGUCUCGAAAUAGAUUUUAUCUAUUUAAAAGUAGAUGGUUAACUUGUGAACUAUUAAAUUAGAUGUAUGUUAAUGUUUUCGGAUAAUUUAUUACCUUGUGAUUAAGGUAUAACUAUUUAUCUGUUUAGAUCAUGUUAAUAAAUAUUUAUCUUAAAAUAAAUAUAAACUUAUUAAUUUU